UGAACAGGGGUGAAUGAAAGCUGAAAGGAUUGUGAGGGUUGAUUGAAAAAUGCAGCUCAGGCACAAUUUUGAGCACAGGCACUCGCGUGCGUCUGGGCGCAGUUUUUGUUGCGCUGCGCUCCCUCACCUUCGCCUUUCUUAUUACUGUCCAUUUAUUAAGCUUUCUUUUAUCUUUUUGUUGUGUGUAUAAUAUUAUUCCUCUUCUUUACUCCAGUAUAAAAAUGAGCAACUCGGCACCGUCGCGCGAGGCGAAAUCGCCAUCGCCAUCGCCAUCGCUAUUGUCAGAAGACCACGAUGCGACAGCCGCCAAUUCAAAGGGCAUCGCAAAAGCGAGCAAAACGACGGCACGCAUAAACAUUCCAGCCACAUUGAGCUUUGAAACUGACCUAUCGUUGCCACGUCGCAAGCAGUUUGAAGAUCGCACCGUAGCGUACAAGGGUGACCCAAAGUACCAGGGUUAUGUGCAGCUGAUCGAUCGCAACCUGCAGUCGUUCGAGAACGUGCGCGACUGGGCCGAUAUCACAGCAUUUCUGACCAAGCUGACUCACUCGUUCACAAUAUACCCACAGUUUGCCGUGGUGCCACACAAGGAGACCGUGGCCAAGCGCCUCGCGCAAUCGCUCAACCCAGCACUGCCGACUGGUGUGCACCAGAAGGCGCUCAGCAUAUAUGAGCAGAUAGCCCGGCAGAUCGGCAGCGACCAGUUGGCGGCUGACCUUUCGCUGUACGCCUACGGUCUGUUUCCGUUUAUGCGCAACUCGUCGCUGAUGACAAAGUCGCAGCUGCUGGAUAUCUUUGAAGAGUUCUUCAUCCCGCUGGGAUCCAGCCUGCGGCCGUGCAUGAAGAGCUUUAUUGUUGGCGUGUUGCCGGGCCUCGAGGAAGGCACCGUGGAGAUUUUCAACCGCGUCAUGCAGCUGCUGGACAAGCUCAGGGACACGGUUGAUGCCGCCUUCUUUUUUGAGACCAUGUUCCUAGUUAUGAUCACAAACGCCGAGCAGCGCGAAUCUGCGCUAAAGUACCUGGCACAGCGACUGCCAGUGUUCACCAAGAAGGAGGACAUUGCGCCUGUUUGCGGCGAGGACUCUUCAUUGAUGGCCCGCGCCCUGGCAGCCACACUGACGGACUCGAAGACCCUGGUGCUCCGUGCGGCCCUUGAUCUGCUAAUGACGCGCUUCCCCCUGCGCACCAAUAUCUUUGAUAGCCGAGACCUGGUUCUGCUUUUGAAACACGCUGCUGAGGUUGUGCUGAAGAAGGACAUGUCUCUUAAUCGCAGACUAUACACCUGGCUUUUAGGCCCGAACGAGACAGAUGCGGAGCAAGCCGCGUACUUUGUGCAGUUCGCGCAGAAGCCCUUGACCGAGGCCCUUCUGGGAUCCUUUGCCGCCAUGAGCUCCGACCCUGAGCAUCAGCAUAUGGUCCUGCGCGUUCUCAUUGGGCUGAUCGACAAGCCUGUCAUUUCGCAGCCUAUCUUGGACGCUCUGUUUGUUCCUUUGUUACAGCUUUUAAUCGCCGAGCGCGGGAACCGCCAGUCUGAGCGCGCGCUGCCUGUCAAGCUGGCCAGCGUGUCGCGCAUGCUGGUGGAGAUGCUGGACCCCAUCUUCACGUGGUCCAACGUGAUUAACCAGCUCACAGACUCGGUCAGCGCAGACUCGGGGGAUCUGGACGUCGAUCGCAUUGCGCGGGCGCUUCGCCUGGUGCUAUUCUUUGUCCAGACCUUUGAGCUCGAUGAUGAAGCCACCCUGCAGGUACACAUUCCCAUGGCCAUGCUCACUAUACUGGCCACCCUUGACAGGAUCCUCAAGCAGAACCGCGUUCAGGCGUCUAUCAGCCUAGGUUGCUGCUUCACCCGGCUGGCCAUCGAGAUGUUCGCCCGCAUUCCCAAGUCGGUGUUUGUCGGGGACACUGGUGACGAUGGUCACGACAAUGGCAAUGACGAAGUGGAAGUUUCUGCGGAUGGGUCGGCGGCGGGAAUUGUUGGAUCGCUGAAUAUCGACACGCUAUUUGACACUACGAGGUCAUUCUACCGCGUGCAUCGCUCCGAAAGCAUUGACAGCAACCACAGCAAAUCAGUCGACGAGGUCGAGAGGUCGGCAGCAAAGGUUGUACGCGGAUCGGGGCUCCUCUACGCCAUAAUCAGACUGUGUAAGAACAUAGCUGCCGGUCUGGGCCUGCACAUCGUAUCACAGACCACAAGCGACGAUGCAACUGCCGAUUCGGAGAGGCUGGCAGUAGUGGCCAUGGAGGACAUCUGCCACAUAUUACAAACGGCCACGGCAUACUCGCAGGACUUUAUGCACCUCCCAGAGCUGGCUCAAUGCACGAUGCCCCUGCCGGAGCUUUCUCCGGCGGGGCAACAGCCUGUGCACGCGGAUCUUUGGGUGCCAACAUUUGUCUCUGUCAUUUGCCACUCGCGCGAGUUCAGCGCUAUCAAGGUGACCCUGGGCACCCUGUUGCAGUUUGUUGAACGCAAAUCGCUUGCUCGCUCUGUGCUUCUGGAGCACAACAGUUUAACAAAGUUUGUGAAGAGGCUGUGGGACACGCUCAGCCCCGAAACGACCACAUGCCACUUCCAAGCGACCCAGCUUCUGUACCAGCUGCGCAGCCGCAUUGACGCCCGCACUGUUGAGCGGCUCCUUGCGGGUAGGCUGGCCGAGUUCAACGGCAACUAUGCGCGCGAGCUGGCCCGGUACUCAGUGUUCUGGAACAACAUGCGGCUUAUCCAGCGGGAGGCGCAAUUCAGCACCAAUGACACCUAUGACCCACUGGUAUUCUCUAGGCUCCUUCUGCUUGUACUUGAUGGCACCAUGCUCAGUGACGACUGGGCAACCGCUGGGAUUGAUGCUGACUGUGCGGGUGGGGAUGGUGACAACGUUAUUAGCGCGCUUUCUCGACAGAUGGCAUCGCAGGCGUGGAUUGACUCAUCGGUGGGCGAGUGGGAGUAUAUUGCCCAGACUCUUUUGACCCUGCUUCUACUCAGUAUUCGCACCCACAAGCGCAAGUACUCUGCUGUUUUGGCAGUCGGCUAUGCAUCCGAGUGUCAGGAGUACACGGCUGAGUUUGAUUAUGCGCGCAUCACCUACUAUAUCGAUACUAUUCAGCGCUAUUUGAAAUAUGCUGGCGACGAUGUCAUUCGCUCAAUGUCGGCUUUGCCGCCCACUAACGCAGCCAUCCUCGAUGCCUGCGAAUCAUUUACAGCUUCUGGUGACAGUUGGCUGCAGGUUCUAGUGUCCACAGCAAUCGAGUUUGCACUGACAGACGCGCCUACCAAUGCCAGCAACAAUGCCUCGAGCGUUGAGAUCAUGCGCGCCAAGGCCGUCAGCUUGGCCGUGCAACUUGUUUCCCAGUACCAGGUGAGUUGGCCCACAGCGUACAUUGCCAAACUGCAAACACGUGUAGUCGAUGCUUUGCUAUUCUGCGUCCUACAUCGUCACAUUCCAAUCCAACCACCACUGUUGGAUCUGUUUGGCAGCCUGGUGCGUGCCAACGUCAGCAGCAGCAGCGAUGUGUCGGCAGCAACAGCGCUGGCCGCGAAGGGGAAAGGCACUCGCGCGGCAGGCAUUGGCGCCAUUUCCGACUUGAAUCUGUUUUCGCGCCUGGUGUUGGCCGCGCUGACCAUGCAACUAAGCACGGUGGCGCUGAGCAAAUGGGUCAAGACAAUUCGCCUUUGCCUACCCUAUAUCCAGGACUACAUCUCGGCCACCACCAGGAACUUUUCUACCGAGGAUCAGGACUUGAUGCGCAUCUUGGCGCUCCCUUGCUUGCAUGCCCUUCGGCUGCUUCUGUCGCAGUGCUCGGAGUACUUUGCGCGCUCUAAUGAUUUGCAUGUCAAGUCUAGACGCAGGACUACAAGGCAUCAGCUACGCCAGCGCUUGAUUCCCUUAUUUGCCAUUCCAUCGGACUCGAUGGACAAGGUGGACAACGACUCCGGGAUGAGUAUACACGUGCUGUCUAUUUUGCUCGAUGCAUUCGACUUGUUCUUGACGCUGUGUCUGCGCAACCCCGACCGCUUAAUUUCGGCCGAAGCGGUGACCACAGCUAUGAAUCGACCGAGCUCAAGGGCCAGUGACAUUAGUGUGCAAAGCUCUGCAUUGACUACGGCGGUGGCAAUGACGACGGCAGGCGCGCUGGGUCCCAUUCCAAUUCUCAAAUUUGUGUCUGGAAUUUUUGGGCAGGACGAAUCGGCGGAUGUCAUUGCGGAUCCCGCUGUAGCGACAAACCCCGGGGUGUCUAGCGAGGAGUCGGGCAAUGCGAAUUUGGGCGAGACGACUGAGUCAACAGGGUUUAGCCUAGUCACCGUGCUUGCCGUUAUACGCGAGCUAUGGAACGCCUUUGACCCCACGCUACCGCGCAAAGCUGGGCACGACUCGCCCGACGCGCUUUUGCUUAGAGAGUUUGGCGUCUCCAACCUCCACAUUGGCGAGCACAGUGGCGAGCACAUGAAGCGCACUGUGCACACGCAUAUCCAGCGCAUUAUCGAGCACGCUGUGAGCGCGCAGCCGGCCGAAAUGACCGAGGCGAUGGCAGCGCUGUGGAUUAACGACAACCCUCAAUGGAUUACGCACUUGGAAGCCACUGUGCGUCAGGGAUCGGCCCAGCAGCGAUCGCGGCGGCGCCAGUCGUCGGCUUCGUCGAUGCACUCAACCUUUAGUCCAGCAUCAGCGCCGCGCGAGCUUGCGUUGGUCACCGCCAUGGUGGUCCUGGAGGAAGAGCCUGUUGAGGCAAUUGAAUGGAACUGGCGAGCGGCCGAUUUGCUAGAGAGUGUGCCCGGACGCAGCCCCAUUACAAUCCUGACAACUCUGCUCAACGACCUCCAUAUCCGCUCAAUCGAUCCCGCCACGUCAGUCGCUCAGUCCGCGUCUUCUGGGGCGGCAUCGCAGGUGGGAUUGUCGGACAACCGCGGCAACAUGCGUUUCUCUGCUCUCGAUGACAUUGCACUGACGCGAUUUAUCGAGCUGUACACAAGGCACCGACUGGUUGCUCGCUCUAGCAGCGCGCUCGUACCGCAUGUUAUACCGCUGCUCCGGGACUACAACACUUACGCGCAGCAGCACAAGUUUAUGCUGCCAUUCCUGCUGCGCAUGUUCACUGAGCUGUGCGAGCGCGUGGCGAGCAGCUCGCUGUCGCAGGAUCCCUCGCACCGCGUGUACUCAAACGAGCUGUGCGCCAUUUACGCGCGCCUGGUUGAUAACUGCAUUCUGAUUGCUGGUCGCUCGUUUGACCAAACUACGUGGCUGCGGCGCGCUCAAUCCGACGCCGUUGGCGGCCUAAUCAUUCGCAAUGACUCUGCGCCCGGCAUGUCUGAUCGUGUUUUGUCGGAGGACCACUUGAUUGAUCAGAUGUUAUCAUAUAUCAGUGGCUGCGUGGUGCCGCAGUUUGCGCUGCUGGUACCGGACUACGAGCGCCAGGUGAGUAUUGCAAACAACUUGAUGCACUACGCCGUGUUACCCGCCUUCAAGUCACACAUGACGGGCGGAUACAGCGGCCCGGCGCAGGCUUCGACAUCACGGUCGCAGCACUUUGCGCUUGUUCUGCGCUGUCUCGGCGCUCUGAGUCAGCAGCCGUCUCUGAUGAAGGUGUGGAAGCGCGAGGUGUGGGAGUUCUUCUGCGACUCCAAGUUCUUCCCCGGCUCGGUCUCACCCGACCACACGACAAUGACCCCGGCGCUAGCGCCGCUGUGGCGCCACCUUGUCCGCACGCUUUUGCUCAGCGAAAAAGAAAAGUUCGACGAGUUGCUGGAUAAGAUCUCAUCGGCGGCGCCUGGCCCGGCGCUGUUUGCCAACCGCGAGCACGAGGCGCAUAUGCUUGCCAUUGCCCUGCGCCGGCUGAGCUUUGUUAUUUGGGCUGGGUCUGUCAACCAGUACCUGUCGUUGCUUCCACAUGUUCAAAAGAGCCUUGUUGACACAAUGAAGAACAACCCGCACCCAGUUGUUCAAAUGGAGGUGUUUCUAUGCUUGCGCGUGAUGCUCUGCCGCAUAUCUAGCCACCACAUGUCCAAUUUCUGGCCCAUGCUGCUCACCGAGCUCAUGCGCCUGUGCACGCAGCAGCUCAAUCGUGAGGGUCGCGAGGACCCAGAGCAGGCCAAUCUCUUUUUGGCCGCAUGCAAGUUCCUCGAUCUGCUGUUCAUUCUCGGUACGGAUGACUUUUUGGUCCACCAGUGGAUCUUUAUCACAGACACCAUUGAUGCCCUGUAUGGAUCGCGUAGUGUGUCGUAUGCGCUUCUUGACCGCCUCAGCUCCCGCUUACUCUCAAUGCCAUCGUCUAAUGCCGGUCGUCGCGUCAGCCGUCCGGGUGAUCAGAUGAACUUUGGCGCCCUGGCGAGUAACCUCGACUCAGAUACGUACCCCAAAGUACUCUUUUCGGACAGCGAUGAUCCGACCAACCUUGUGUACCAGCAGGUGUCACCCGCGGCCGCCGAGCUUACCAAAUCGGGUAUCAUUGACUUGGCUAGCGAUGCUGAUUUGCAGACGCUUAGUGGCAGACCGCUGAAGCGCCCUAUUAUUCGGGUUCGUUCGGUGACUUCUAUUAGAGAACUCGACGCGUUUGUGCAUAAUGCCUCUGUGCAGACGUACCAGGCUGCGUAUACUAUGGCCGAACCUGAUGUUGAGUUUAUCGAGGCUUUGCUUGUUAGCGAUCUGAUGUACAUGGACUUUGCCGGCACGUCGAUGACUACUGCUGCCGCGCCGUCGACGCCUACUGGCGCAUUUACUGGUGACUAUGAGUUUUGAUGAUAUGAAUUUUUGCUCACGUGUAAAUUUCCCUUAAAAACAGCCGCCGCAUGCAAAAGAUCUUUGGAAGUGUGUAGUUUGCUUGGUGUAUUUUUUUUAUUUAAUAUGUGGAA